UCCGCUCCCCUCACCAUGAUUGAAGUGGUGGCCAAGCUGGUCCGUGGUCCAGUCUUCCUGGCCGGUGAGCCUCUGGAAUGUAUAGUGACCUUCACCAACCCAUUGUCAGCCCUCUCCACCUCCGCCAGCAGUGAGACUCUCGCCUGGGCCAGCGCUCAGAUCCAUUGUCAGUUCCAUGCCAGUGACAGCCGGGUUCAGCUUCCAGCCAGCGAGGAGCCCAGACAGGACGUCCAGGCGGAGAAUGAGACGGUCUUCAUCCCUAACAGAGGUGAACGGGGUCAGUGUAUCCUCUCCACUCCACCCAAGAUCCUCUUCUGUGACCUGCGCCUGGACCCCGGGGAGACCAAGUCCUAUUCCUAUAGUGAGACAUUACCGCUUUCCGCACCCCCGUCCUUCCGAGGUCAGUCCGUGAAAUACGUCUACAAGCUGACCAUUGGCUGCCAGAGAGUCAACUGCCCAAUACAACUUCUACGAGUCCCAUUCCGGGUCCUCUUAUUGUACGCCCUCCAGGGUUUCCAGCCUUCACAGGAGGACGAGGUGGCCCCUUCCAAUCCCUUCCUGGAGGAAGAUGAAAUGUCGAAGAAGGACUCGCGCCUCCUGGACUCCGCUGUGGAGAUUCUCAUGGCUGUGACAUCACGGAGGACAUUACAUCAGUAUAACAUCAGUAACACACGAGGCCGAGUCGGGACCUUCUGUAUCUUUAAGACGGUUUAUAAGAUCGGAGAAGAUGUCAUCGGAACCUUCAACUUUUCUGACGGUGAAAUCCCCUGUUUACAGUAUUCAGUGUCUCUGCAAACUGAGGAGAGCGUACAGGAGGAGUACAGACGUUCCCGCGGACAACCUGUAUCCAUCAGCACCCACGCUCAGCACCAUGAAUCCUGCCUGCAUACCGCCAGCAGCAAUUUCGGCCUCCCUGUCCCAUUGAGCUCCUGCCCGGGCUUCAGUACCAACAUCGUAUCACUGAAGUGGCGCCUGCACUUUGAAUUUGUCACUGCCCGGGAACCGGUGGAAGCGCCUACCGUACCAGAGAACCAAUCAGAGAUCAUCACAUGGACAGGAGCUGAACACAUUGACGUGGACACAUUCAGCUGGGACCUGCCCAUCAAAGUUUUACCCACCAACCCUUUACUGGCCUCUUACGUGUCUCCGGCCUACUCAUCCCAGUCCAUCUGUAUCUAG